CGCAGGAAGUGACGUCGAGUCACAUCCGAGAGCGUGCGGUGGUGGUGCGGUGCCGGCUGUGGCGCUUGCGGUGCGGCCAUGGCGGACUCCACACAGAAUGGGCCCAUGCAAGGCGGGGCCGGCGGCGGAGCCGUGCAAUUUCUGAUGGCUAACAAGUUGGAUACAGCAAUGUGGAUUUCCCGCUUGUUCACAGUUUACUGUUCAGCUUUAUUUGUCCUGCCUCUUCUAGGGUUGCAUGAAGCAGCGAGCUUUUAUCAGCGUGCCUUGCUGGCAAAUGCUCUAACUAGUGCCCUCCGACUACACCAAAGGCUACCGCACUUUCAGCUUAGCAGGGCGUUCCUGGCCCAGGCUUUGCUGGAGGACAGCUGCCACUACCUGUUGUACUCUCUUAUCUUUGUGAAUUCCUACCCAGUUACAAUGAGUAUCUUUCCAGUUCUGCUGUUCUCUUUGCUUCAUGCUGCCACAUACACGAAGAAGGUUCUUGACGCACGAAGUUCAAACAGUGUGCCCUUUCUGAGAAAUCUUUUGGACAAACUGAGUGCUAAUCAACAGAAUAUUCUAAAAUUCAUUGCUUGCAAUGAAAUCUUCCUGAUGCCAGCUACAGUUUUUAUGCUCUUCAGUGGCCAAGGUAGUCUGCUCCAGCCAUUCAUUUACUACAGAUUUCUCACACUACGCUACUCCUCUCGGCGAAAUCCAUACUGUCGGACUCUCUUCACUGAGCUGAGGAUUGUUGUUGAACACUUAAUAAUGAAGCCUGCCUGCCCUGUUUUUGUAAGAAGACUAUGCCUCAGCAGCAUUUCCUUUAUAAGCAGAUUGGCACCAACUGUUGCAUAGCCAAAUUCCAGGCACUUGUGUUUUGUGAACAUUAUGAGCAGCUGGCACUUCUGCUGAUGAUUAAGAAUUCCUGGUUUUUACACUGAUCUCACUCCAGGCUGUAUAAAAAUGUCUAUAUGCUUUUCUUGGAGAUAUUAUGAGAUUUAGCAUAUCAAAAGUAAGUCAUGGAAACUUAAAAUUUCUGUAUUGCUAAUUGGUGGGGAAAAAAUAUAACUGCAUCUGACCCAAAACAUGCCCAGACAUAGAGAGUUUUGGUUUUUAUAGGAAUUAAGGAUUGCUUGAGCUUAAAACUUGGUCUUUUCUCAGUAAAGUUAUAUCUUUGGAACUGUAGCUACUGUAGGAUGCCUGAAGUGUAUAGCAGUUGGUAUGCAUACCUAUGCAGUACACAUUGCACAGUAUUCUUCUGCUUACUACAUGUAUCUGUAGAACCAUUUUGUCUAAAUUACUCAGUGUGGCCCACUUGGAAUUGGAUCUAUUUACUUAAAUUCAGUCAAGCUUGACACAGUAAACACCUUCCUGAAGGACAGGCUAAUUUUUAUUACUGCUACUUAGAGUUCUUAAGUUUCUACCUUGUGAUGUGUCUUACGUUAUUGGAAGUAAUCUCAAGACCAAUCAUGGAAAACUGAGUAGUUACUUUGUCAUAAUGAGUUGUUUUACCAAGCCAAAUUGCUGAUCUGUAGGCUUUUCAGACAAAGAUGCAGUGCUUAAACUUUUAGGCAUCUCUUAAGUGAACUAAUCAAUGUAAAUGAAGUAACUUUUGCAGAAUCAUUGCAGGUUUCUUCCUGUGUCUACACAGAUAUGAGACUGCAGUAACUCAAGCAUGUCAGCUUCUUAGAAAAUGAAUCUGUAGCUAGCUCUAUAUAAAUUGUUCUUCCACUUUCUGAGACUCUCAUUGUGAUGGGAAAUUUGCAUAAAGGAUUGCACCUGUUUAGGCAGCUUCUGAAACAAAUGGGUGUAGGAUUUUUUUGGUGUAAAUUCAUCUGAUCACUUAUCUGAAGCUAGUGUCAUGACUACAGCAGUGAAUAUUGCAUCGAGUGCUGAUUAUGCUGAAAGGUAUGUCAUGGGAAAAGAAUAUUAUCUGGGUGAACACAACUUCUUUCCAUAAAUUCAAGGCAAAGGAUUUGCCUGAUCUGUAAUUAAUGUUAGUGUCCUAACUGCAUAGGUUUAAAUGGGUUUCACUGGCCUUUUGUAAACCUCUCUAGCACUGCCCUUGACUGCUCUUCCUUGGUCGGGGAAAUCUUCUGUGAAACACUUCCAAAACCAGUCUUGAAGCAAAGUCUUUUCCUGUAACUGUUGAGUUCUCUUUAUUUUGUGAUGUGGAUAUCAUUCAGAAUUUCCAGAUGUAAUAGUUUGCUAGAUCAGAGCCAUGUAUUUAUAAACUUUUUUUUGCUCAACCUCUUGGUACUGAUGAACCAAUUGGUAACUGAAUAUGUUAUUCUUUGACUACUUGUCUUGCUCUCUGAACAUUAUCAGCUAUUUAUAGAACACUUGCACACUGCAGAAGCGACUGCAUGCAGUAAUGCUCUCCAGCUGCUAAACAUUUGGAAGGAGAUUGACUAUAUGUAUAUCCUGUAAUUUGAGGAUUUUAUAAAAACUAAAAUUUCUACUGCAAUAAAAGGAGUGUUAAAUGUAA